UCUCUGCGGCCCCCGGUGGAGCCAGCGGAUUACAAACUCCAGUUAAGUGGCGCACCGUCCUCCUCCUCCCCAUCUUUCACCCAGAGUCAACCCAGGCGUGCGGAGCGCAAACCUCACCGGGCUCGGGAUUUUUUUUUUCUCCCCUCCUCUUUUCAGAGAAGCAGCUCAGUCUGACUGCCGGCACCAAAAGCGGUCGAGCUCUGCGGUGUUAGAAGAGGGGGAACUGAAGGAGGGAACACACAGACAAAGAGAGUGAGAUGGGUCCGGAGGCGGUGAGGUAUUCGUGAUUGGCGAAGUUCUUCGGCUCCGCUCCGGAUCUUUUUCUCCAGGUCGUUGAGUGUGUGAUUGUGUGUUCAGCAUGAGUAACAUCUACGAGUCUGCAGAGGCCACGCUGGGCUUCAUCAGCUCUCCAUGCCUGACCAAAGUGGAGCUGAGAGUGGCGUGCCGGGGGAUCGCGGAUCGUGACGCCCUGUCCAAACCUGACCCGUGCGUGGUGUUGAAGAUGCAGUCGCACGGCCAGUGGUUUGAGGUGGACCGUACAGAGGUGAUCCGCAGCAGCAGCAGCCCGGUCUUCUCCAAGAUUUUCUUGGUGGAUUACUACUUUGAGGAGGUCCAGAGGCUCCGCUUUGAGCUUCACGACAUCAGCUCUGGCAACAAUGGCCUCCGUGACGCAGACUUCCUGGGAGCCAUGGAGUGUACCUUAGGACAGAUCGUCUCACAGAGGAAACUGACCAAAGCUCUUCUCAAACAGGGAAACACUGCAGGGAAGUCUUCCAUAAUGGUGACAGCAGAGGAGCUGUCAGGUAACGACGAUUAUGUCGAACUCUCCUUCAGCGCUCGUAAGCUAGAUGACAAGGAUUUUUUCAGCAAGUCAGACCCUUUCCUGGAGAUUUUUAGAAUAAAUGAUGAUGGGACUGAGUCACUGGUGCACAGAACUGAGACGGUCAUGAACAACCUGAGCCCAGUUUGGAAAUCCUUCAAAGUUUCCUUGAACACGCUCUGCAGCGGAGACCACGAAAGGGAGCUGAAGUGCACGGUUUGGGAUUGGGACUCCAACGGAAAACAUGACUUUAUUGGGGAGUUUCAGACCACGUUUAAGGAGAUGAGGGCAGAGCAGGAGGGCAAACAGAUCCAGUGGGAAUGCAUCAACCCUAAAUAUCAGAUAAAGAAGAAAAAUUACAGGAACUCUGGUACUGUCAUUCUCAACCACUGUAAGAUCAUCAAAAUGUAUUCCUUCCUGGAUUACAUCAUGGGAGGCUGCCAGAUUCAAUUCACAGUGGCAAUAGACUUUACGGCUUCCAACGGGGAUCCCAGAAACAGCUGCUCCCUCCACUACAUCCACCCCUACCAGCCCAACGAGUACCUCAAAGCGCUGGUGGCUGUGGGGGAGAUUUGCCAAGACUAUGACAGUGAUAAAAUGUUUCCCGCAUUUGGUUUUGGAGCUCUGAUACCACCUGACUUUAAGGUUUCGCACGAUUUCGCCGUGAACUUUGACGAGGACAACCCCGAGUGUGCCGGAAUCCAAGGCGUGGUGGAGGCCUACCAGAAUUGCCUCCCUAAGAUCCAGCUGUACGGGCCCACCAACAUCGCCCCAAUCAUCCAGAAAGUGGCCUCCUCCGCCUCCGAGGAGAUGCACACCAAAGAGGCCAUGGAAUACUUCAUCCUGCUGAUCCUGACAGACGGCGUCAUCACCGACAUGGCCGACACACGGGAGGCCAUCGUGCACGCCUCCCACCUUCCCAUGUCCGUCAUCAUCGUGGGCGUGGGCAACGCGGACUUCACAGACAUGCAGAUUCUGGACGGGGACGACGGGAUCCUGCGUUCACCCAAAGGCGAGCCUGUCCUCCGUGACAUCGUCCAGUUUGUCCCCUUCAAGGACUUCAAGCACGCCUCCCCAGCUGCCCUGGCUAAGAGCGUUCUGGCAGAAGUCCCUAACCAGGUGGUAGAUUACUACAAUGCGAAAGGAAUUAAACCCAAGUGUAUGUCGGACUACGAGUCCACAAGAACCUUCAGCCCCUGACAAUGGACUAUGCGCAUACACAAUUACACACACACACACACACACACACACACACAUAUAUAUAUAUAUAUAUAUAUAAACAGUAAAUAUAUAUACAUUUAAGUACUGUAUAAUACAUAUACAAUUCCAAAAAGCACAAGCACAUAUACACAAACAAACAUGUACACACAACAGUACUACAUACAGUAGUCUAGCUCAGAGAAUUAGCUUGUUCUGGUGAAACAGUUUGAACUACUCCAUUGAUGACUAUUGCAUGUUUGGCCACAAUGGCAUCACCUGGGAUAUUAUUACUAUCUACUGUAUAUUGGAAAGGUAUUUAUAGAAUUAAGAACAGUCUUCUGAACCAGCAUGCAGACUCUCCAUAGCCCAGUGAAAGAAAUGACACUUCUACCUUAUUUAGAUAACUAGCAAGUAUAGACCAAAAGAUCUGUGAGUAGAAAAGCAAAAACCGCUUAACCCAAAAUGCUUAGAAUUAGCAUUGCAAAUGUUAUUUAUGGGGAUGAUUGCACUCCUGUUAGUGUACUGCAGACCUGCAUGCAUAAUUCAGCUCCCGCUAAUAUCCAAUCUCUAGUAGCUGCUUGCUAGUUAUGAAAUAAAGUAUCUCUGUCAUUUGAGUGAGAUUCGGGGGUUGACGUGGGUGUUUGGGGUUCUUUUCUACAGAGUUGUUUGAGAUUUUGCUAAAUGGAAAUGAACAACUUAAUAAUUGUAAUAAUUUCUUAAUAACCUUCUUACAUUGUAAAGAGUUUUGGGAGGAUAGACAAGCGUGUGUGGUAGAAACUCAUCUGUGAGGCGAAAAUUGUUUUCUGUAUUCUGCAUGUUGAUUAUAAUAAAGGCACUUUGGUUUUCUCAUUUUGA